GCCCGGAAGCGGCGCUCGGGCCGGCGAAUCCUGGGGCGCCAGGUAGGGCGACGGCCGGAGGAUGUGGGGCGGCCGGCAGCCCGCGGCGCGCGGCGCGUUCGUUCCCCCGCGUCAGUGGCGGCAGUGGGUGACUGCUCUCCCUUGAGCGCGGCGGCAGCAGCCGGCUGGGCUCCAGGCGGGCGGGGCCCGCGGCUGCGGAGCGGGCCGGGUCCGGGCGCGGGCGGGUGGCGCCAUGUGGAGCGGCCGCAGCUCCUUCACCAGCCUGGUGGUGGGCGUGUUCGUGGUGUACGUGGUGCACACCUGCUGGGUCAUGUAUGGCAUCGUCUACACCCGUCCGUGCACCGGCGACGCCAACUGCAUCCAGCCCUACCUGGCGCGGCGGCCCAAGCUGCAGCUGAGCGUGUACACUACCACGCGGUCCAACCUGGGUUCUGAGAACAACAUUGACCUCGUCUUGAACGUGGAAGACUUUGACGUGGAGACCAAAUUUGAAAGGACAGUUAAUGUCUCUGUACCAAAGAAGACAAGAAACAAUGGCACUCUGUAUGCCUACAUCUUCCUCCAUCAUGCUGGGGUCCUGCCGUGGCAUGAUGGGAAACAGGUGCACCUGGUCAGUCCUCUGACUACCUACAUGGUCCCCAGGCCAGAAGAAAUCAAUCUGCUCACAGGGGAGCCGGCUGCACAGCAGAUUGAAGCAGAGAAGAAGCCGUCAGGCGCCCUGGAUGAGCCAGUUUCUCAUUGGAGACCGAGGCUGACGCUUAAUGUGAUGGUGGACAACUUCGUCUUUGACGGGUCCUCCCUGCCGGCUGAUGUGCACCGGUACAUGAAGAUGGUCCAGCUGGGGAAGACUGUGCACUACCUGCCUAUCCUGUUCAUUGACCAGCUGAGCAACCGCGUGAAGGACUUGAUGGUCAUUAACCGCUCCACCACCGAGCUGCCCCUGACUGUGUCCUACGACAAGGUCUCGCUGGGGCGGCUGCGCCUCUGGAUCCACAUGCAGGACGCUGUGUUCUCGCUGCAGCAGUUCGGGUUUUCUGAGAAGGACGCAGAUGAAGUCAAAGGCAUCUUCGUGGACACCAACUUGUACUUCUUGGCCUUGACCUUCUUUGUUGCAGCGUUCCACCUUCUCUUUGAUUUCCUGGCCUUUAAAAACGAUAUCAGUUUCUGGAAGAAAAAGAAGAGCAUGAUCGGCAUGUCCACCAAGGCAGUGCUCUGGCGCUGCUUCAGCACGGUGGUCAUCUUCCUCUUUCUGCUGGAUGAGCAGACUAGCCUGCUGGUGCUGGUCCCUGCAGGUGUUGGAGCCGCCAUUGAGCUUUGGAAAGUGAAGAAAGCUCUGAAGAUGACUGUUCUUUGGAGAGGCCUGAGACCCGAGUUUCAGUUCGGCUCCUACAGUGAAUCGGAGAGGAAGACCGAGGAAUACGAUACGCAGGCCAUGAAGUACUUGUCUUACCUGCUAUACCCUCUGUGUGUCGGGGGCGCCAUUUACUCUCUCCUAAACAUCAAGUAUAAGAGCUGGUAUUCCUGGUUAAUCAACAGCUUUGUCAAUGGCGUCUAUGCCUUCGGCUUCCUCUUCAUGCUGCCCCAGCUCUUCGUGAACUACAAGAUGAAGUCGGUGGCGCACCUGCCCUGGAAGGCCUUCACGUACAAAGCCUUCAACACCUUCAUUGACGACGUCUUCGCCUUCAUCAUCACCAUGCCCACAUCUCACCGGCUGGCCUGCUUCAGGGAUGAUGUGGUGUUCCUGGUCUACCUGUACCAGCGGUGGCUUUAUCCUGUGGAUAAGAGCAGAGUAAACGAAUUUGGGGAGUCCUAUGAGGAAGAGUCUGAGCGGAGGCCACAUGCAGACUGAACGCCACCCUGACGCUGGGUUGCCCAUGCUGCACAGAGCUUGCCUGUCAACUGAGUAUUUUUGGAAGUUUUUGGUGGAAUUCCCUACACAUUACAUCUGCGUUGCCAAAAUCCCUUUGAACAUUUCUCGUACUUCUCCUGAGUCCCUCUGUGUUGGAUGUGGAAGGUGCUGGCCACAUGUGGGGUGCUGCACACAUGUGAACAUCUCUUGGCCACAGAGCUGGGUUCCAGGGGCCACCUGGGCUACGUGGCCCUCCCCCGGAAGCAGUGUACAUGGCGGCUGGGUGGUGCCAUGUCCCUGCACCCAGCACAUGCCAGAGCCCUUCCAGGCAGGAAGGAGAAGGUCAGAGCUCCAUUUCAAGUUGUUUUUUUAAGUGUUCCUUAUGUGAAUUUUAAUGCAUAUGGAAAUUCAUUCCAUAUGGACUCUGGGAUCAACUGGCUUUUCCCCUUUUGUUUAAAGGUUGAUUGUUUUAAAGCUUUAUGUAUGUUUCUACUUUAAAAUAAAUUUUUCUGGCUGUGGAAG